CGCCGAGUCGAAGCUCGCGCUCGUGCGUGCGCGUGCGCGUGCGCGUUUUCCCCUUCGGAAAUCGUGUGGGAAUUCGAGGCGUCUGCGUUGGUGCCGGUAGUGAUUGUGGUCGUCAGUGCGAUUGCCGUUUGACGCUGGUUUUAAUCUCAUCCAGGCCGGAGCUUGUUUCGUCUCACUUUCCGGUUUUGUGUAUAUAUAUGGCGGUGGCGAGUUCAGGUUUUGUGUUUGCUGACGCCUUGGCUCGGUUGGGGUCUUUGAUGAAUGUGAUGCUUAGUUCUUUCUUUCUUUGUGUGUCGAGCAUCGUGCUUUGUUCAAUGCGCGGUUGCAUUUGCGAUGAUUGCGUGUUUUUCUCCAGGCGACGGCAUGCCAUUUUUGCUGGGGAUACUGUAGUAUACAAUUUGUAAUUAUAUUAGUUAUCGCUGCGGCACGCUGCGCCUUGUCGUUUGACGAUGAUGUCCAAUGUCGUUGCGCGUGCCGUGGGGGCCUCUGUUAUCGGAAAUUUAGCCCGUGGCCUUGUCACAGCUUCAAAAGGUGAUGGCUUGAUGAUGUAGUAAGGUCUUUUCUCCUGACUGGUUUGCGGUAGAAAGUGGUGUGUGAGAUUCCAUUUCUAGGGACCAGAAGGGCCUGGGUGAGGUGCUUUUGCCGACUUUCAGCUUUCACUCGGUUUCUGAUGAUAUACUUGGUUUUUCGAUAUUGGACUGGAAGGGGCAUCAGUAGUAACAAAGGAUUGGUGGAGCAAUUACAGAAUUAUGGAGUUAUCAGGUCCAAGAAAGUGGCUGAAGUGAUGGAGAAACUUGACAGGGGUCUGUUUGUCCCAGAGGGUGCCCCUGCUUAUGUCGAUAGCCCCAUGCCUAUUGGUCAUAAUGCUACUAUUUCCGCACCUCAUAUGCACGCGACAUGCCUCGAGUUACUGGAGAAAAACUUGCAACCUGGCAUGCGUGCAUUAGACAUUGGAUCAGGCACAGGUUAUUUAACAGCAUGCUUUGCCAUGAUGGUUGGCCUGCAAGGUCGUGCAGUAGGUGUUGAACAUAUUUCUGAGUUAGUCGCUGAUUCAGUGAAGAAUGUUCAGAGAAGUGCCGCAGCUCCCUUGCUAAAAGAAGGAGCCCUGUCACUUCAUGUGGGUGAUGGGAGACUAGGAUGGCCUGAGCAUGCACCCUACGAUGCGAUCCAUGUGGGAGCUGCCGCCCCAGAGAUACCCAAAGCACUAGUGGACCAGCUGAAGCCAGGUGGGAGAAUGGUGAUUCCAGUUGGGAAUGUAUUUCAGGAUCUGAAAGUGGUGGAUAAGAACUCUGAUGGUUCCAUCAGUGUUCACGACGAGACGUCUGUGCGUUACGUCCCUCUCACCAGUCGAGAUGCACAGCUAAGGGGGUUCUAAGGUUGGAUACUUCUCAGAAAAUUUAGUCGGUCUGCACGUGUGGAGUUAUAUGUUGUGUCCGGUCCCAUACAGUUGCAUUUUCUCUUUACCACUAAUGUGUACAGGCUAAGCUAAAGAAGACGGAAGAGACACCAAGUAGAGAGUAGGCAAAUAACUCGUGUAAGCUAUCCUCUGUAAGUUUGUUAUGAACUGCAAGAAUUUAUGAAGCAUAUGGUAAUGAUGUUUGGAAUACCUAGACAAUCCAUUCCACUUCAAAAAUUGUAAGGUUCAUAUGAA